CGGGGAAGCUUGGUAAAAACAGAAUUAAAGGGAAUGGGUGUCGGAAGCGGAGGGUCUGAAGUUCUCGACUCAUAGAAGGGGAGGGGAAUGAAAGGCUCUCAGUAAAGAAGGUUGCAUGAUGGAAUUUGAAUAUUACCUCAAGAGGUUUUAUGUUUUGGAUUAGCUAACUGUGUCCUCUGCUGACUGUUUCUUCGGACUUAUUUUUUGGUGUCCUUUUGAGACAAUAAACUCAAAGGGAUUAUAACAUGGACUACAAGGAAAGCUGCCCAAGUGUCAGCAUUCCCAGUUCUGAUGAACACAGAGAGAAAAAGAAGAGGUUUACUGUUUAUAAAGUUCUGGUCUCAAUGGGCAGGAGUGAGUGGUUUGUCUUCAGGAGAUAUGCAGAGUUUGAUAAGCUUUACAAUACUUUAAAGAAACAAUUUCCUGCUAUGGCCCUGAAGAUUCCUGCCAAGAGAAUAUUUGGUGAUAAUUUUGAUCCAGAUUUUAUUAAACAAAGAAGAGCAGGACUGAAUGAAUUCAUUCAGAACUUAGUUAGGUAUCCAGAACUUUACAACCAUCCAGAUGUCAGAGCAUUCCUUCAAAUGGACAGUCCAAAACAUCAGUCAGAUCCAUCUGAAGAUGAGGAUGAAAGAAGUACUCAGAAGCUACACUCUACCUCACAGAACAUCAACCUGGGACCAUCUGGAAAUCCUCAUGCUAAACCAACAGACUUUGAUUUCCUGAAAGUUAUUGGGAAAGGCAGCUUUGGCAAGGUUCUUCUUGCAAAAAGGAAACUGGAUGGAAAAUUUUAUGCUGUCAAAGUGUUACAGAAAAAAAUAGUUCUCAACAGAAAAGAGCAAAAACAUAUCAUGGCUGAACGUAAUGUGCUUUUGAAAAAUGUGAAACAUCCAUUUUUGGUUGGAUUACAUUAUUCUUUCCAAACAACUGAAAAGCUUUAUUUUGUUCUGGAUUUUGUUAACGGAGGGGAGCUGUUUUUCCACUUACAAAGAGAACGGUCCUUUCCCGAACACAGAGCUAGGUUUUAUGCUGCUGAAAUUGCCAGUGCAUUGGGUUACUUGCACUCCAUCAAAAUAGUGUACAGAGACUUGAAACCAGAAAAUAUUCUUUUGGAUUCAGUAGGACAUGUUGUCUUAACAGAUUUUGGGCUUUGUAAAGAAGGAAUUGCUAUAUCUGACACGACGACAACAUUUUGUGGGACACCAGAGUACCUUGCUCCUGAAGUAAUCCGAAAACAGCCCUAUGACAAUACUGUAGAUUGGUGGUGCCUCGGUGCUGUUCUCUAUGAAAUGCUGUAUGGAUUGCCUCCUUUUUAUUGCCGAGAUGUUGCUGAAAUGUAUGACAAUAUUCUUCACAAGCCCCUGAGUUUGAGGCCAGGAGUGAGCCUCACAGCCUGGUCCAUUCUGGAAGAACUCCUAGAAAAAGACAGGCAAAAUCGACUUGGUGCCAAAGAAGACUUUCUUGAAAUUCAGAAUCAUCCUUUUUUUGAAUCACUCAGCUGGACUGAUCUUGUGCAAAAGAGGAUUCCACCACCAUUUAAUCCUAAUGUGGCAGGACCAGAUGAUAUCAGGAACUUCGAUGCAGCGUUUACAGAAGAAACAGUUCCAUAUUCUGUGUGUGUGUCUUCUGACUAUUCUAUAGUGAACGCCAGUGUGCUGGAAGCAGAUGAUGCCUUCGUUGGUUUCUCUUACGCACCUCCUUCAGAAGAUUUAUUUUUGUGAACAGUUUGCCAUCCAGAAACCAUUGAGCAUUGAGACUGAAACUCUUCUUUGUGUGAAUAUAUUCAAAUAUGUUUAACUAGUGCCUCAUUUUUACAUGUAAUGUUAAAAACUAUGAAAAAUGUAUUUUCUGCUGUAUGCAAGAAAAUAGGGCAUUUCAAAGAGCUAAGUUUCAAAUUAAAAUUUGUAUUAUUGUUUAUUAAGCUUAUUUUUAAACUGAAAUUUUAAAAGCUAUUGUUCUCAGCAUUAACCUAUUUUUAAAAAAACUUUUUGCUAAUGACUGUUUUCCCCCACUGAGUUUACACUAACAUCUACCCAAGACAGACUAUUUUUCGACAGCCUGUUUCAGUUUGGUUAACAUACAUUAAUGCCUUUCUCUCUACUUUUGACCUUUGUUCUCAGAUCAGAACUAUGCAAUUGGUAUGUGGUUGUUUAAGUAGAAACCACAUCUUUCCACAAGUCAUUGUUUGACAUAAUCAGUUCUUGGUAGGAUUAAAACGUAAAAGCAUCGUUAACACAUGGGCUGUGAGUUAACACUUUGAGUAAGUGUUCGUUCUGCAGAUCAAAUUAAAAAAUAACAAAGGAGAUCCAUUGCUUUUGAAAUACCAAUUCAAAUUUGUGAAUUAUUUUUUCUCUGGAAGAAAAAUAAAAGCUUAAUAGAAAGUUUAGAGUAUUCCCAAAGAUCUGAAGAGUAAUAAAAUACUACUGGAUUUUUUUUUUAGGUGGUGCCAAAAAUGAAUGUCUCUGUGUCAUGUAUUUAUAUUACAAAUACAUUCUAUUUAUGUUCUUUCUGGUCUUUAUGUUGUUAAGUAGUCCUGAAUCUUGGCAUUCCCUUUUGCAAACAGCUGUUCAAAACUGUCUUUCUAAUUGGUUAAUGAAUGAAAAAUAUUGAGCCUUCUAAGAGUUUUUACCUAAUUGGGGAUUAAAAAAUAGAAUAGCAAAUUCUUGGUCAGUAUUAAUAUGUAUUUCACAACAAUGUAAUAAAAGUUAAAAAUCAGGCAGAUGCAAUGUCAGUAUCUUUAUUGUCCUAGAAAAAGUAAAGGAAACUGACCUUAAAAUCAUACUAAAAACAAACUAACUGUGUACUUGUCAUUAUAAAAGAGAAUACAGAAAAACUAAAAAAUAAUGCUUGUCUUGGAAUUCUGCUUCUUAGAGACUUUUCAAGUCAUGUAGGAAACAUUGUGAAAGUUUAAGGACCAAGUUUAUAUGCUUCAGGAACAAGCAUUCUUUCCAUGUAUUUUCUCUUGAGAAAGAAAUCACAAAAGCAUUUCACACCAAUAGCCUUUGGCUGAAAAAUAUUCAGCAAAGUGGGAGGAGGGGAUGGUGAUUUUGUUAGAUUAAUAAUAUUUGCAUCCAAUACACUGAAUCUUCCUUCAGAGGUAAGACUUUAAUAGUAACACUGUAAAUAUUUGUUUUUUUUGGCACUACCAUAAGUUCUGCUUUUACACAAAGUUCUUUGCUUAUUAUAAAGCAAAAUAAAACCUGUAGUUUCUUGUAUGAUUUUUUUAUUCAGUCAUUCCUUAAUUAAACUGCCAAAAAUUAAAGUGCAAUAUUGUAUAUUUUUAAGGACAAAUUUAAAUAUUAUGCUGAUGUUUAUUGGAUCACAAGAAAUACAAAUCUUAUAGUAUAAUAAAACUAGCAAAAAGAUUAAUAAGCACCUAAUUCCUGUCAUUAUUUUAAAUCGGUGAUGGUUUAUAAAAGUCAUUACAAAAAUGAAUUGUUUGUGUAUGUGAGGGAUAAAUGUAUAAAACUUUGGACAAACAUAAAAAUUAGAUUAUCUAGAUUAUCAGAGGCUUACAUAUUAUUUAGGGAAUAAACAUCUUCCAAGUUUCAAGUUUAUUUUUUCUUUCAUAGCAUGCUGUCUUUUAGAAAAAAAAAAUGUGUGCCCUUUGAAUAGUUGAACAAUUUUAUGGCUAUUUCCAAAAUAAAUUCAAAGGUCUAAAUGAAGAACCCCUAACAUUCUUUAUGUUAUCUCUUAUUUUAUUGUGUAUGGUACAGUGAAGAGCUUCACAGCCAUUGUUACAUUAUAGUACAUACUAAAAUUGACAAGUCUUGGGCAUACCUGGCGGUGAGAUGCUAAAUGUUGUAGAUAGAGACUGGAAGCAGUAUCUCCAUUCAAAAUUUUUAUAUGCCAGAAUAAUUUUUGAACUUAGGAUAUUUAUAGAGAGAUCUAACAGACACUGUUUGGGUAUAAUUUUAGCAAUGGUAAACAUUUAAAAGGUGACUCUGUUGUAUAUAUUUUACCACAGUUUAAAAAAAAAGUAAUCUACUUUCUGUACAGAUUGGCCUGUUCUAGGCAUUUCCUAUAAAUGGAAUCAUACAAUA